ACUAAAUCAAAAAUCGUAAAAUGAGGAUUCGUUGGUAAACAAAUAUUCUAAAUUCUUUCAUUUUUUGACCACUUUGGCCAUCAAAAUUGUCUAUCAAAAUUCAAAAACCCCAAAAAACCAAGGAGCCCCAAGAGCGUGACCAUGACCAAUCGACUGGCCUUGCACCACAUCCUGACCACCCAACUGCGGAAGGACUGGGAGCAGGAGGACAAUGCCAAGUCCAGGCUGUCGCAGUUGAGCAGGAGGGACAGGAUCAAGGCCUCGCUGAGAUCAAGACAGCUGCCGGGCCACUACCUGAUGCCCGACACUCGCAAGACCUAUGAUAACAUGGUGGCAAGGAUUCACUCUACCAUGAAGUCGGUUCGAGCACCUCGAAGACCUCGGCCAACGGCGCCGUUGCCCACAGCGGGGAUUCCGACUCCAGCUCCAGGAGUAGCACCACCACUGCCAUCCAAUCUGGUGUCCAAGCAUCUGAAACGCAGCAAAUCGGGUAGGAUAAAGGGCGGCGGCAAUUCAUCGAGGGCGAGCAGUGCCCAUGGUUUCGUCAACAAAACCAAAGCCAAACCAUUGGCGGCGAUCAAGGCUAGUUUGAACCAGAAGUUGCCAAAAUCGAAGGGUUUUGAGCAGCACAACCGGAUCCGCGAGGUUAUCCAACAGAAGACCGUGCUGGAGACCAUGCUGAUGCAGCACAAGAAAUUGCAAAGGGACCGGCGGACCAUAGCCCUAGAUAUCCAGCGGAUGCGGGCGGAUCUGGACAGGAUUCGGACCAAGUUGGACACGUCGCUGCAGAGCUUGAACUCCACUCGCACCCUUUUCAGUGCCGUCAGCAAGGCGAAUUCCAAAAAGGCGGUCGUCCAGCAGAAGCCAGCGCACAACAUGGUGACCCCGACCCAUCGCCGUUCUGGUGGCAAGCGAAAAGUCAGGACCUCUGCCAUUCCGAUAAACCGGCAGAGUGUCCUGGUCCACAAGGCCCCCAUCCUCAAGCGCCGCGUCCGUUAAAUGCCAUAUGAAAAAUGAAAAAAAAAAGUAAUACAUGAAAAAUAUAGCAAAUUAUAAAUUUUAUAGAUAUCAAAAA